AUGCAUCUCCCCUUACUUGAGCUGCUGGUGCUCCUGCCACUGGGGAAGGCUGCGUGGCCCCAGGAUGGCGGCCAGAGUCAGAGUUCUGUUCCCCCGGUGCUCCUACUAGAGAGGAGUCCCAGAGAGCUUCCCCUGGGCAACCACGGGGAGGCUGAGGAGAAGCCAGAUCUGUUCGUAGCCCUGCCACACCUGGUAGGUGCCAGCAUUUCGGGGGGAGGCCAGUGGCAGAGAGAGAAGAUGCUAUCCAGGUUUGGCAGGUUCUGGAAGAAGCCUGAGAGAGAACUCCACCCAACCCAGGACCCCAUCAGUGAGCACAGCCCACCUGGGACCCAGGCCCUUCCUCACUCCAAGGAUGGAAUGCAGAUAAAGAAGUCUCCUCUUCAGGAAGAAGCCAAGAAAUUCUGGCACCGCUUCAUGUUCAGAAUGAGUCCGGCUUCUCAGGGGGUCAUCUUGCCCAUCAAGAGCCAUGAAGUGCACCAGGAGACCUGCAGGACCCUGCCUUUCAGCCAGACUAUCACCCAUGAAGACUGUGAGGAAGUGGUUGUACAGAACAACCUUUGCUUUGGGAAAUGCGGGUCUGCUCGUUUUCCUGGAGCUGCACAGCACCCCCAUACCUUCUGCUUCCACUGCUCGCCCGCCAGGUUCACCACAAUGCACUUGCAGCUGAACUGCUCAGGCCUCGCCCCGGUGGUCAAGGUGGUGAUGCUGGUGGAGGAGUGCCAAUGCAAGGUGAAGGAGGAGCACCGCGAGCAUGGACACCUCCUACAGGCAGGCUCCCAGGCAGAAUCCCAUGCCCAGGAGCCCUUUAUCCCAGGGUUUUCAACUUAA